AUGUGUACUAGGCUGUCGCAGAGAUUGCCGCAGCUACUGUCAUCCAGGGCCCACCAAGACCGUGCGUCGAUCGGGGAAAGCCUGAAAGCCGUGGUUCUCGGUCGCCGGGCGGCCAUUUGCAUCCAGCGAUGCUGGCGGUGGAAUUUGGUCAAGAGGCGAAUGGAGCUGCUGACAGGUGCCCUCAACCUCACUCGCGCCAUCAGAAGCCCGGUGCUGUACAUAGAGGAGCGGCUCUUCCUUGGGCUCAACACCAUUUCAGCAGUGGACCGCUACCCUCGCUUCCGUGAGUCACAGCUGGCCUUCGGCUUUUCUGUCGCGAGUGAGGCCCCGGUGCUUCUUCGGAACCAAGCACGUGGAAAAGCUCAGCAACCGUAUUGCCAGGAAGAGCGGUCGGGCCUACCGCAGUGGUUCCUCCAAGAAACGCAGCUCGCUGUGCACGAUGCUGAACUGAAGCUGCGCCCAGUGCGGGGUCUGCAGGGGCUGCUCUUGGAGGGCCUGGGCUCCGAGGAGAGGACCAUCGAGGUGUCUUCGCCCUUCCUGGAGACUUUCGCGCGGACGUGCGCCGCCGGCGGAAUGGACAAGGAGCUCGAGGAGGUGGGUGUCACGCAAGCAGCGUUAGCAGCGAGCGGUGGUACUCUUCGAUAUCUGGAGCUCCGAUUUCCAACAGUUCUUCAGGCACGUCAAAGGGCACUCCUCUUGUACCUUUGCACUUUCAACUUCGACAAGCACGCGGCGGUCCCAGUCUUCGUCAGGCACCAGCUCUAUGACGCGGACGCUACUUAUGGCGUCCUGCGGUUAUGGGACCUCUACGGCUUGGACUGGCCGCGUGCCAGCAAGGCUGGAAUCUUCCUUCUGAGGGCCCGCGAUCCGAAGCCUUCUGAGGUCAUCCUGGCGAACGGCAGCAAAGUCCGAGGUGCUGCAGAGUUACGUGCCGAGUGGCAGUCAGCUGAGGAGGAUCAGCGACGCGCCAGCCUGGCGCAAGUGCAUGCAGAACGUGAGCUCCAGAGGUUGGAACGGCUGAACAAAAAGAAGAGAAAUGCUGAUGUUGAGGAAAUCAUGCAGCAGUUGUCCACUGUGCCUCCGCAAGAGCUUCUGGAAGCUCUUCAGUCAGGGAAGUUGCCCAGCAGCGUGGACUCUCAGCUUGUGGAGGCCUGGAUCUUGGGAAACCGGCUCAACUUCUCCGGCCGGGUGGUGGACAAGAAGCAGCUCGCCAAGCGCGCCGCGUCGGAGAAGUUGGCGAUGCGGAAGCUGCUGGCAGCAGCCAAGGAGCAGGGUGCCACGAGGGACUUCGGGGAUCGAGGAGCUGAGGACCGGGAGCUAGCACGCCAGUGGGAGGCCCGGCUCAUGGAGUUCUACGCACGUGCCAACGAUGACCGAGUCGCGGAAGAGGCUCGCUGCCUGGUUGAGGCUCGCAGGGCCAACGGUGAAGGUCCAGACAGGUGGCUUGUGGACGUCGAGGCAUCGGAGAGGCACAGAUCGCCCCUGGAAGUGGACAGCGAGUACGAUCAUGCCCAAUCCAUGAGGGGCAGUUCCGCUCCACAUGUCUACGAACAGUUAGAACAAUCUCAAGGCCUUCUGCCAGAAGAUCCUGGUAAGACUGCCGCAGUAGAGGAGUCUCCAAGCAUGGAGGGCCUGGAGAACGUGCGAGCAGGUGAAGGACCUGCAAAAAAUGAUGUCUGUGGCGGCUGGUAUGUGUCCAAAAAGGCUUCCAAGGCUGCUCGCCAGGAAUUGCGGCAGAUGGCUGCCACCUUCUCCAGCAGAAGGUGCUUUCUGCAAAGAGUCCACAAGGUGGCAGACGUCCGGCAGAUCAAAGCUGCCAGGGAGGACCAGAACCGAGCACGCUUGCACGACUACAGAACAGCGUGGGCUGCAAGGACACAAAUCUUGGCCACGAAGCACGGCAGCAUGCUGGACCACCAGCGUAGGGACCUGGACGACCUGCGGAGCCAUCUCGGGAAUCUCAGCGAGCUCCAGAAGCAGCAGACCAGCGAAGAUCUGCAGAGCAAGCGCGAGGCCAUCCUGGAGCAGAAGGUGACGAAGCGUCUUCGUGCCCAACUUCAUGGCUCUCCAUCACCCUGGGGAGGGAUGACCAUUGGGAUGCCAUCGUUCCCUGAGGAGGCCUUUGCAAUGCGCUUCCCUUGCAAGCUCGCCAAGACCUUCCAGUCUGGCACAGAGUCCACAAGAGCGAGUAACCUGGGGAGCACAUUGCAGGACCUUCGCCUGAGCCACGCAGAUGCCACUGAUGCCACUUGGACGGAGGCUAAAGGAACCCAACAGAUGGCUUCUACAAUGCAGUCGCUGCCUUCACAGGCCCAGGGAGAGCUCGCCAGGCCUAUGGCCGCAACCGACGGCUGGCACCAAGUGCGGCCACCACCGCCACGGCAAUUGCCGCUGCGGCCACCAAGGCCUUCGCCAAAGGAACGAGGUGGGUUCUGGGUGAAACAAGGCGCCUUGUCUGCCAGGACCAAAGGGAGCCACUCGUGA